GACUCGCGCAUGUGAUCCGCUCCGCAGGCCCGGCGUCAAGGGGGGGCUUGGGGGGGCUUAGCACCCCCGCAAUGAUCUCGAGCCCCCCCUCCCAAGCCUGGCAGAAGAGAACGUAAAAACGUAAUUAAACAAGUACAAUGUGACAUAAAAUGUGAUGUGUAAUUUCGAUAAAAACAAAACGUUACUAAUUUUAAAUUGAAUCGAGUUUUAAUCAUACCAUAACCACUAAAAAAAUAUCAGGCAAAAAUCUGACAUGACCAUCAGACUGGUGGUAGGCGGAGAUUUGUCUCCUAGUAACACUAGCCUAUCAGGGAGCUUCUUACAAUUGCGUGAUUCAUCAAUGAUGGCUAGAUAGAUUACCAUAAGGCAGUUUAAAAAUGGAUAUACGAAAAUAUAUGAUAAAUCGGUCCCAUAGUUUGCCAAAUGCGACCAUGCAAUUGCAAGCAUCCAACAGCAACGCAGUAGACACGCCAGUCGAAAAGACACCAACACCGAUUGAUCCUCUGCCCUCGUGCUCCAGCUCAUGCACGCCUGGACCGCCAAGAGUGCCUUUCGACCUUGGUGAGGAUAAACCGAAUCAGGUUUUAAGUUAAGACGUUUUCCUCUUCGCCUUUGCUACAACCAGCAUCGAUCAUUUGUUGCGUCAUGGUAUACGUCACGGGAGUGGUUGGAAUACUCCAUGGAAGCAGAUGCUGCAUUUUGUUUUCCAUGCAGGAAAUACUUAAUUUCUCUAUCUGACUCAGCUUUCACUGUAAGGGGCUUCAGUGAUUGGAAACACGCUGUAGAGGCGGGAAAAGGCCUUAACAAACAUGCAGCGUCGAAAGAACACAUUACAAGCAUGGCACUCUGGAAAGACAGAGAAAAACGGGCUGAAAGUGGACUUCAAAUUUCCACUAUGGUUAACAGUAACCAAUUAGCUAGGAAUCGCUACUACCUCUCCUCUGUAGUGGACAUGAUUGAAUUUCUUGUUGUGAAUCAUUUGCCGCUAAGGGGAAGCACAGAUGCUUUUGAUUGUCUAACAGAGGAUGGAAGUGGACUUUUCCUUUCAUUAUUCGAAUAUACCCUCCAAAAAGACCCAGAGUUAAGGAGUGUUAUGAAGACAAUACCACGCAAUGCAACGUAGAGUUCUCACGAAAUUCAAAAUGAUGUCAUUGCAAACAUGAGCAGUCUGGUGACUGAAGAAAUAGUUCGAGAAGUUGCAGACUCGUGGUACACAAUCAAAGUAGAUGGCACACGUGACCCAACUGGAAUGGAAAAUAUUUCCAUAAUCGUUCGCUUUGUUAAGGACAAUUAUCAAGUCACAGAGCGACUUCUUUCCAUGACAACAACUGAAAAAGGGGAUGCCCAGACCCUGACCAACACAAUAAUUACAGAGCUUGAAAAGAAUGGGCUCAGUACUUCUAAAAUAUUGAGCCAGGUGUAUGACGGGGCCUCUCUCAUGUCCGGAAAAAACGGAGGAGUACAGAAAAUUUUGCAGGACAAAUUAGGAAGGUUGAUUCCGUACGUGCAUUGCUUCAAUCAUCAGCUCCAUCUUGUGGUAGUUCAUGCAAUAUCCACAGAGCCUGCGGUUGAAGACUUCUUUAAUGUAUGCAACUUGCUUUAUAAAUUCAUAAAGAAGCCAACCGUUGCUAUCUUGUACAGAGGGCAGCAGCUUAAGAGAUUACUUGAACAGCGAUGGACAGGGCAUCUUCAAACGGUCAAAACAAUUCUGAAUUCUUUUCAAGACAUUACUAAGUUGUUAGCCGAGAUCAAUGGAAUCCGCAGAUACGAGAUGGAGGUGCACAUGGAAGCAGCUGGCCUGAUUAGGGAAGUAUCAGAGACUAGCUUCAAGUUCAUUGCCCACAUGGUGUAUAAGAUUCUACAGCUGCUUGAUGCUCCAAACAAACUGAUGCAGUCAGAGGACAUGGACCUUCUAAGUGCAGUCAAAUUAGUUACAUGUGCUUCAGAAUGUCUUACGAAAUUGCGCAGUGAAUCUGACUUCUUAGAGCUGUGGGAGAAUGCCGACGACACUGAAAUGCCAAGACCUCCCAAACGAAAGCGGACCAUCAACAAAGGCCUUCAAGAAUAUCUGCUGGAGGAAAGCAUUGGCCAGGCUCAAGGUGAUUUGGGAAAUCAAGAAGAGCUCAGACGAUUAUACUACAGUACUUUGGACGCAGUGCUUGCAGAAAUCUCAGAGCGUUUCGGAGAAAGAAAUAGCAAGUUAAUUGAAGCUCUUUCAGCUUUUGAUCCACAGUAUGACAGCACUUUCUUGGAUGCGCAACUCAUACAAGAUAUGAUGAACUUAACUAAUUCGGAAGUGAUUCAUUCAGAAUUUGUUGUGGCCCGACAAUUCCUGCGUAAAGUACUGGCUAGAUCGAUUUCUAGUGGCGAGAAAUUAACACUUAAACAAAUACUCCAGGAGCAUCAUACCACACUUGAAGCUAUGCCUAGUGUACUCGCUGCAAUGAAAUGUGCGCUGACAUUUGGAGCUUCUACAGCUACAUGCGAAAACUCAUUUUCUACUCUAAAAAUAUGUUCACGGACAAACGAAGGAGCAUGCUACAUCAGCGAAAGGCCCAUUUAGUGCAACUGGCAUUUGAAAGAGACUUGACAAGAAAAUUUCGGGAUGAAUGGAAAGAUACUCUACUGAGAAGGUUCAACGAGAGUAAGCGCCGCAGACUCCAGCUGUUCUAGCAGGCUAAAUUAAAUUAUAUCGAUACCAAAUGCCCACUGACACUCACGCUAUGUGCCCCCCGGGCAGAAGGGAUAGCCCCCCCUGUUAAAAUGUUCUGGCGCCGGGACUGCCGCUCCAUGCUAUUGUGUCUCUGGACCUGAGCAGAGUGUGUGUACGGUGCGGUGGUUAGUGUGACACAGCGCAAAACCAGACUUCUUUUUUUCCUCAAUGGAAAGCAUAUUUACACUGUUUGAAUCGUUCCCUGUC